AUGAAAACAACAUAUUUUUUAAGAAACCAAGCAAAAAAGCUUGCUACUGGAUUGACAGGAAUUGAUGGUCAGCGAGACCCAAGACCAAUCUUGCUGGAGAUUUACCAGUUAACACUUAAGGUAUUGACGUGUAUUCCGGAGCAUUCGGUAUAUCGUCAAGCAACAGAGAGAUUGACAAAGCAGCGCCAAAAGAUUGUCAAGGAGAAUGAGGUUAGAGAGGAUAUUGAGAACAAGAUUGGGUGUGGGUUGAUUGAAGAGGUUAUUUUCCAGGCAAAAGAUGAAUUAAAUCUUGCUAAGAAAAUGUUGGAGUGGAAAUCGUAA